AUGUCUUCAUCAACAUCUACUAUAAACAAUAAUCGUCCUAUUGAAUAUACAAUAACAUGUUCUGAUGCUACAGGUCAACAAGAAAAAUUUAUCUUUCAUCAACAUACAGCACCAGUCUCCAUUUGUCAACAAUUUAAUCCAUCAUCAUUGAAUCAAACAAAAAUACAAGUAGUAUCAUUGAUGUCAGGUCUUGUCAAAGCACAUACCAAAGAAGUAUUACAAGCUCGAACAUGGUAUUGUGUUGAAUGUAAUCAACCAGCUACUACAAUUAUACAUAAUCCAAUGUCUUAUCUUCAUUUAUCAAAACCACAAGUUAUCGAUCUCGCAUCACCAUGUUGUGCAAGUAAAAUAUGUGAUAAAAGUAUUCAAGCACAUUUUGCUGAAAUAAUGUCUGAAGUUGGUGUACCAAAUGGAUUCCCAUAA